CACUUUCAAACAGGCUCCCUGGUCGAAACUGUGGACAGGAACCUUGGACCUUGUUGGGUGUUGCGCUCAGACGCACGCACGCGCCCGCGCACCCACGCGUAGGCAGGAUGUGACAUUUAUGGCCGUUGCGGUGUUGUUCCGAGCGCUCGUGACGGCGCCAAGGCCGGUGUGUCCACUUAUGGUCAAUGACGUCACGGAUCCCCUUAAAAAGCCGCGCAAGAUUUCACGAGUGGCGCUUUUUCAUGUGCCGUCGCGAUGAGCUCUUUAAUGGGCUCCCUGGAGCGCGUGUCGGCCUUUGUCGUCAAACAAGAAGAUGAAGAAAGGCAAGACGCGCAAAGCAAAGCGCAAGACCAUGAAGCCGGUGAGCGUCCCGUCGCGCACUACGUGGCAACUUUCCGCGCGCUCCCCGUGCAGUUGGGGGUGGACGCAGGACGAGCGUGGAGUGACGUGGUGGGCGUGGUCAGCGCGGACGUCGCCUCACCUGCAGCGUCGGACGACGUCAUGGCGCACGGCCAGCCUGACGUCAGCCACAUGUACGCGCCUCCCUACACGCACGCGCACACCCACCUACACCCGGCCCCGCCCUCGUCGUACUCCUGCAGCGGUGACGUGUACCAGGACCCGUCCAAUGGGGGCUACCUGGCAACGUCCACCUGCGGCGCGGUGACCUAUCACGCGGCGCCGGCCUACAACUCGGUGCCAAAAGCCCCGCUGGUAGCGGACUACGGCGUGGGGGGGUUGUACCCCACCCAGACGACCUUCCCGGACCGGAAAUCGGUGACGGCGUAUGCUUUGGACUCGCUCCGUGUGGCCCCGCCCCUCACCCCACUCAACACCAUCCGCAAUUUCACUCUGGGCGCGGCCCCGCCGCCACCGCCACCCCCGAUAACGACGCCGAUGACGACUGCCGCCGCCAGCGAGGGCUCGCUCAGCGCCGCCGCCUUUCCGACCCACCACAAUCUACCGCUCAGGCCGAUCCUGCGCCCGCGCAAGUACCCGUGUCGGCCCAGCAAGACGCCCGUGCACCAGCGGCCGUACGCGUGCCCGGCCGAGGGCUGCGAGCGGCGCUUUUCGCGCUCGGACGAGCUGAGCCGCCACCUGCGCAUCCACACGGGCCUCAAGCCCUUCCAGUGCCGCAUCUGUAUGCGCGCCUUCGGCCGCAGCGACCACCUGACCACGCACGUGCGCACGCACACCGGAGAGAAGCCCUUCUCCUGCGACACCUGUGGCAGGAAGUUCGCGCGCAGCGACGAGCGGCGGCGCCACGUUAACGUGCACCUGAGGGCCAAAAGCAGCAAAGGCUCCGCCCUCUGAGGUCACCGACACCGUCACCGACGGAGGGUGCCGACAUCUCAGGGAGUCGACGGCACGCACGGCACGGCCAGCCGCCUGAACGUUGCAAACGCAUCUUGGGCUCGCCUCCAUUGUCCGCCCGACGCGUUUUAAUUACAUUUUCGAUUGUGUGAAUUGAUGAUAUCUGUAACUCCCCAGUUUGGGAUUCAUGAUUCUGUGUGAAAAGCGACCAUCUGCAGUGAUGACACGUCCGAAUCCAAUUGUAGAUAUCUCAAAUUUGACUUACGAUAUAUCUGGUACGUGAAUUAGGGAUAUCCGCAGCAAAAUUACAGCUGAAAGUAGAGUUUCAGAUAUCAACAAUUCUGUUGCCACAUCUGCAAAUGAAUGACAACUGGUGGUGAAAGAAAUGAUAGCACUGGUAUGCUAAUUAUGGAUAGGAAGACUGUAGUUUUUGACAUCUCAAAUCUUUUUGAUUUGGCAAAAGUCAACAUUGACAUUUCCAGUCUGUGUGUAAAUGUUCUGAAGGCCUGGCGUAGAACAACAACACAAAACAAGCUCGCACGAAUUGGUUUGUGACGUCACCAUCAGCUGCAUUAUCGGAAUUGUUU